AGUACCAUAAGAGACUAUACAAUUAGUUCUGGUAUCUAUUAGGUCAGACGAACUGUACGUCACGAUCUUCACAUAUAAGCCUGAAGUGAAUAAUAUACGUUACAUUUAGUUUAUGUCAAACGUAGAAUUCACAAUGAUGUAUUUCCUUGUUGUUUGUUGUGUCUUGGGACUUUCCUCUGCUGCGCAGAUCAAUUUCAAACCAUACAAUGAAACCGCCAUGAGUAUGUUUUUAACAUCGGAUACUGACCAUGACGCCUGCUUCGAAAGAAGUGAAUUGGAUCACGUGUUUGUUGUUUACGAUACUGAUGGUAGUGGAACCGUAAGCAGACACGAGUACACUGUUCAUAUUACAGCAACUAAUCCUGAACUUCAUGAUUUUGCUCACGUUUUGUACGAUGAUUAUGAUUUAGAUGGUGACCACCACUUGGAAAAACACGAUUAUGAUGCAUAUUUUGCAAAACUUGAUGCCGAUAGUGAUGGAUGUGUUACUCCCACUGAAUUCGUCGACUACUGGACUGUGAUAUUUAUUGCAAACGAACAUUUGCAUGGUCAUGGAGGUGGACACGGAAAGUAAUCUAAAGUCAACAAAUAAUAAAAUGGAAAAAUAAAAAAAUGUUUUCAUGUC